AUGGCUGAAGAAAGUAAAAAAAUUUCUUUUGGUUUUGCAAAAUCUGUAAAAAAGACAAUUUUGGGCAAACAAAAGUUACACCAGGAGAAAAAAGUGGAUUAUAUCGAAUGUCUAGACGAUAAGGCGAUUAAAGUAAUCGGGAAGGAAGAGAAAAAAGAUGAACUUGUCAUUAUUCCACUACUGGAAUCUAAUACCUGGCAUGACAGAAUCAUUAACAAAAUAGAUGCUUCAAAAUCAAAAACAAGUAAUGAUGAUAUGCAAAAAGUCAAGAUCAAAGAAGAGUCGCAACAAAUAUCUAAUGGUGAUUUAACAUCAAUUGAUAGAAGCGUUUCUCUCUCUAAUAUACAAAUAAAAACAGAUUCAUCUAUUGAAAGUAAAAUUCUUACUUUGGAUGAGCAGGCAGUUAAAGAAAUUAUAGAAGACCUCAAUGCAACAGACAAAAAUAAAGAUGAUUUGUGUGAUAUAACGUUAUCUUUAGUUAAGAGACAGAAUUUAGAAGGUGCAGAAGAAAGUACAUUAGAAGAUUACGAAAAGAUUCCGCUAAAUGUCUUUGGUUCAGCUAUGUUACGAGGUAUGGGGUGGAAACCUGGUGAAGGAAUUGGUAAAAAUCCAAAGCUUGUAAUACCCAUCGUGCCUGAAUUAAGGCCCAUAGGGAUGGGACUUGGUGCAGACAAAAAAGCAUUGCAAAAACAGGAUGGAAAGACUCAAAAAGAGGAGGAAGAGUUACGGAUACAAAAAGGAAGUUUUAUAAAAAUCAUUGCUGGCAAGCGGUCCAAUGCAUAUGGUCAAAUAGAAGGCUUUGAUGAUGCAGGGAGAUUAAUCGUUAAGAUGGCACUAAAUGGAAAUACCAUUUCUGUGAAUGAAUGCAUAGUUCAAGUAGUAACAAAGCCGGAAUACUCGAAAAAUUCUAAAGUUCUAACCUUGCGUCUGGCGUUGGUGCAGCUGUUCGUUGGUGAUGACAAGGCAACAAACGUCUCGCGAGCCGUUUCUUUCAUCGAGCGCGCGAAACAAGAGCGAGCCGACAUCGUGACACUGCCUGAGUGUUUCAACUCGCCAUAUGGAACAUCUCACUUUGCUCGAUAUGCCGAGAACAUUCCGGACGGUGAGACGAGUGCGGCGUUGUCCGAGGCAGCAAGAAAGAACAAUGUCUACGUGAUUGGUGGUACAAUACCGGAGAGAAACAACGACAAAUUAUACAACACCUGCACCGUAUGGGGACCAGAUGGAAAACUCGUAGCUAUGCAUAGGAAGAUGCAUUUAUUCAACAUUGACAUUAAGGGAAAAAUUACUUUUCGCGAGAGUGACUCCCUAUCCGCCGGCAAUUCCCUUACUAUCUUUGAAGCGAAAGGUUGUAAAAUCGGUAUUGGCAUUUGCUACGAUAUCAGAUUCGAAGAAAUGGCGCGAUUAUAUAGAAACAAAGGUUGUCAGCUGCUGGUGUACCCGGCGGCAUUCAACAUGACCACUGGCCCGCUGCAUUGGUCACUGCUACAGCGUGCCAGAGCAAACGACAAUCAAUUAUACGUAGCCUGUGUGUCGCCGGCACGUGGCUCGCCGCCUGGAUACGUUGCUUGGGGGCAUACUCAGUUAACCAAUCCUUGGGGAGAAAUACUUGGCGAGUUGGAUGCCAUCGAAAAUAUGAUAGUCUCUGAUAUAGAUUUAAAAAUUGUGGACGAAGUCAGAGAGCAAAUCCCGGUCUUUAAUCAACGUCGUACAGAUCUAUAUGACACUAUUUGGAAGAAAGAAAAUUAGGAAGAUACGACGAUGAUGAUAAUACUCAUGCGUCAUUAAGUAAUUUCUCGCAUGUAUCAUUAUAGGCAAUCCUAUAUGAUGAUUAGCUAUUUAUGGGUAAGGGCUUUCAAUUUUACAUUUUCAAUUUUACAUUUUCAUUUUUACAAUUUCUCGAAUACUUUAUAUAUAGAUAAGUAUUUUGUAUCUACACGUGUUGUAAAGACCCAUGCGAUACGAUAUUAUAAAUAUAAUUG